GCGGGGCUGGUUGUUAUGGUGACAUGUUUUUUUUUUUUUCCUUUCCGCCCAGAAGCCGGAUAUCUGACAGUGACUAGGGGAGGACUGGAGGAGCUGAGGAGAGAGGAGCGGCUGGGGCUCAUACACGUACAGCAGAUAGACGAGAGCCGCCGCCGCGGGCUGAGUAGACAUGAUGAACUCCGAUGCCCUUGUGGACCUAAGUGAUGAUUUGGAAAAAGAUGAAACCACCCAUUCCCUGGAGCAGUUGAAACUGGCAUCUGUAGAUGAUCAGAACUGGCCCUCCGAUGAUGUUCAGGACUUCCCCAAGUCAGACUCAAAGACAUCCCCUGAUCCCAUCAUCCACCUUCGCUGGGAUGAUCCUUAUUAUGACAUUGCCAGACAUCAAAUUGUGGAAGUGGCAGGCGAUGACAAAUUCGGGCGCAAGAUCGUCAUGUUCAGUGCCUGCCGCCUGCCUCCGUGUCAUCAGCUCGAUCAUGUCAAACUUCUACAGUAUCUGAAGCACACAUUGGACCAGUAUGUGGAAAGUGAUUACACUUUGAUCUAUCUGCACCAUGGCCUGACUAGUGAGAACAAGCCCUCUCUGGGUUGGCUUAGAGAUGCGUACCGAGAGUUUGACCGCAAGUACAAGAAGAACAUCAAGGCUUUGUACAUUGUCCACCCCACCAUGUUCAUCAAGACCUUACUGGUUCUGUUUAAACCACUAAUCAGCUUCAAGUUUGGUCGAAAGAUAUUUUAUGCAAAUUAUCUGAGUGAAUUGGAUGAGAUUGUCAAGUUGGAGCAGUUGGGGAUUCCAAAAUCCGUACUAGAGUAUGACAAGGUUAUCCGCUCUACAAUGAAACCCCCAUCGGCCAACCAGAAGGCUGCUCCCCCUCGGCCGCCCCUGCCUAACCAGCAGUUUGGUAUCUCUCUGCAGCAGCUGAGGGAGAAGCGCCCAGACAAUGAGAUGAUUCCCCAGGUUGUACAGGAAACUGUGAGGUAUCUUCGGCAGAAUGCCCUUGAAACUGAGGGGAUAUUUCGGAGGUCGGCCAGCACUCAAGUGGUGCGAGAAAUUCAGCAAAAAUAUAACACAGGAACUCCCAUUAGUUUUCUGGAGUACAAUGAUGUUCACCUGACGGCAGUGAUUCUCAAGACAUUCCUCCGAGAGCUUCCAGAGCCACUGCUGACCUUUCACCUUUACAACUAUGUUGUGAGCUUCUCCAGUAUAGAGCCAGAGAAGCAAGUGGAAUCCACUCGGGAAGUUCUGAAGUCUUUGCCUGAGGAAAAUUAUGAGGUCCUGCGGUUCCUCACAGCAUUUCUUGUGGAGGUAUCUGCUCGGAACUCUGAGAAUAAGAUGACCAACACUAAUCUGGCCGUGGUAUUCGGGCCAAACUUCAUGUGGGCCAAAGACGUGGCCAUGACCUUAAAAGCCAUUAAUCCCAUCAACACCUUCACCAAGUUCAUGCUGGAGAACCAGAAGGAGCUGUUUGAAGAACCUUCUUUGUAAACCAGUAUGUUGUCACUGCAACACUCCGCCACUGCCAAUCUGACACCAUACAGCCACCUGUCCCACAGCACUUCUCCUUUCCAUUCUCAUGUGUGUUUUGUAUGUAAACACCUAUGUGUGACGUGUUGGAGCUGGCAUCUCCAACUUCAAUUGCAGCACAAAGACCCUUCUAAUUGAAGCCGCCCAUGUGUCUAGUCGGUGUAUGGCGUUUGGUGACAGCUGAUGCCUCUGGCAGGCUAAGCACUUUUGUGUUUGUGAUUGUUGUGAUGUUCAAUGGCAUGUUGGGUGUGAGUUGGUGUGUUGUGGUGUAAAGACCUCAUAUGAUUGUUGAAGGGAAACCUUCUAUCCCAUAAUACUCCUCUGCCCUUAGUUGGAAUACAUGUAUUUUGACAGUU